AUGGGAUCGAUAGCACCUCAGACGAACGGAGCACACGCAAUUGCAGCAAUAGGCGACGAUGGCGAGGUGGACGGCAGAAUUUUGCGCAUAGGGAUCAUCGGCUGCGGCGAGAUAGCACAGGUGGUCCAUAUUCCAACUAUCAACUCCCUGGCGCAUAAGUUUCGAACGACAUAUCUUUGCGAUAUUUCGAGAGACUCCUUGUUGCAUUGCUCAAGCAAAGUCCUUGGCGGCACACCGAAGGUCACCAAAAGUGCGGAAGAGCUUUGUUCAUCAACUGAAGUCGACGUUGUUCUGAUCUGCAGUGCUGACGCCUAUCAUGUUGAUCAGGCUCUCAUAGCCCUUCGAUUCGAUAAGUACUGUCUACUCGAAAAGCCUGCCGCUUUGUGCUUUCGUGACAUCGAGCUUCUCAUAGAGGGCGAGCGAAAGUCGCAGGGGAAGAUCUUCGUAGGCACGAUGCGACGAUUUGCCCCAGCCUUUAUAGAUGCUUUACAAGAGGUAGGAGGUAGGAGCAAGAUUCAGUAUGUGCGCGUGAGGGACAUCAUCGGUGCCAAUUCAGUCUUUGUUGAUCAGUCUGGCACCUUUCCGGAAAAGUUCAACGAUUUCAGCCCCGCUGACAUGGAGGAUCGAGUGCGGCGCGAAGAAGAUAUCCUCGAGCAGGCGUUGAGAUACGAGUUUGACAUCCCAGUGACACCCGUGUCAAAAAGAAUGCUGCGUGUUCUCGGAGGGCUUGGAACACACGAUCUAUCUGCCAUGCGCGAGAUGAUUGGAAUGCCGCAAAGCGUGGUUGGCGCGUGUUUGACCUUCCCUGGUAUUUUCAGCGUUUUAUUUCACUACGACGAUUUUCCAGUGGUGUAUGAAUCCGGUAUCAACAAUGUCCCACUUUUUGAUGCCCACAUCGAAGUCUAUACGCCAGAAAAAAUUGUACGAGUUAACUUUGAUACGCCUUAUAUCAAGGGACUUCCUGUUACUAUGACUAUCAGAGAAAAGGCAGGAAUUAAUGGAUACCAAGAACGUACAACGAGGAAAACGUAUCUUGACCCUUAUACGAUCGAGUUCUUAGACUUUCACAGAUGUGUAGUCAAUAAAGAAACACCAAAAACCAGCGUCAAAGACGCUAGAAACGACAUUAAGCUGUUCCAGAUGAUCUUAAAAGCUGGAGAAGCACGAUACCAAUCACCCAAAGACCUCAAGGACCAGUGA